AUGAGAGCCGGCCUACCGCUGCUGCUUCUACCGCUGCUGGCUCACGCCUGCAGUUGCGCGAGGAUCCUGGGCAUCAACCCAACGCCAUCCAUCAGCUACCAGAGGCCCUUCCUCGUCAUCAUGCGAGCUCUCGCUGAAAGGGGACACCACGUCACCAUCAUCACCCCUAAUCCCAUGGAGGGUCCACCACCAAACACAACUCAGAUAGAUAUAUCGUUUAUGUACGACGAGUGGAAGAACGCUUUUGAUUUCACCAAAAUUGGCCAGUUGUCCAAAGAUGAGAGGUUGGAAAUGAUGAUAAACGCUGCUCACAAAGGGUGUGACCUUCAGCUCCAAACUCCUGCUGUAAAACAACUUCACUAUCCGUAUCCAAUACAACCUAAUGUGAUACAGAUGACUGGACUUCAUAUUAAGGGACCCCAAAAACCACUCCCUCAGGAGAUACAAUCUUUCCUGAACGGUGCGAAACACGGAUUCAUAUACUUCAGUCUUGGUUCCAACGUAAAAAGCAGCAGCCUUCCUGUGUUCACACGACAAGCCCUCAUGGAUGCUUUUUCCGAACUGCCGCAAAGGGUGCUCUGGAAAUUCGAGGACGACUCCCUACCAGGGAAGCCAAGCAAUGUCAUGAUUGCAAAGUGGCUACCUCAAGAAGAAGUUUUGGCUCACCCAAACAUCCGCUUGUUCAUCACUCAGGGUGGACUUCAAAGUUUCAACGAGGCUUCAUACUACGGCGUCCCUCUCGUCGGAGUUCCCUUCUUUGGAGAUCAGCAGUACAACGUAGCAAAAAUUCUCAGAUCAGGAAUUGGAGUCAAAAUAGAUUUCUGGGCCAUUACUAAGGAUUCUAUGUUGGACGCCCUGCGGAAAAUUCUGGAAGAUCCGAGCUACCAGGAGAACAUGAAACGCUUUUCUGCCAUCUACCGGGAGCACCAGAGCACGUCCCUGGAGAGGGCGGUGUGGUGGGUGGAGUACGUGAUCCGCCACCAGGGGGCGCCUCACCUGCGCAGCGCAGCCCUCGACCUGCACUGGUGGCAGCUGCUGCUGCUCGACGUCAUAGGCUUCAUACUGGCUGUGGCGGUCGUGGCGGCGUUUCUCCUCUACAAACUGACUCGGUGGUUCUUCUCGUGGCUCACUCGACUCAGCAAACUGAAGAAACAGUGA